CCUCUCCGUGCACAGCUUCGUUUCGUUUCGUCCGCUCGAUUCAGUCGAAUAUCGCGCUACGUCCGUCCGUCAGUCGUACGCGCGCGUUGGUUGUUAUAACUCGUGAAUGUCGUGUCGCUCUCUAUCACAUGCUGUGUUUACAAUACAGUGUUAUUGUUUUUAUUUUUAAUUACAUUGACUUGUGAUCAGUGUGGGUGAUUGUGUUAUAAAUUAAACGAAUUUGUGUCUUUGGAUCAGUUAUUACGUACUGUUCAGUGUGGUUCACGAAGAGCAGACAGCCACGGCAGCCCCCGAGCGCAGCUCGGGUCAUGCGGUCCGAAAGGCGUCGUCGUGCAGCAUGAAGCGGCGCGGCGAACGGCGCGCCUGGCCGGCGGCGGCUGCGCUGCUGCUGGCCCUCGUCUGCAGCGUGCAUGCCGCAGAGCCGGCGCGGAUUGCACCAGACAUAUGCCCAUCAAUGGACAUCAGGAACUCGCCUGAGAACUUGAUCAACAGACUAAAGGGGUGCCGGGUGAUCGAAGGCCAGCUCAGCAUCGUGCUGAUGGAGAAAGACAACCCGGACACCUUCAAGAACGUUAGCUUCCCCGAGUUGAGGGAAGUUACUGACUAUAUUAAAAUCUAUAGAGUAAGGGGCGUCCGCAACCUCGGAACCUUGUUCCCUAAUCUCACGGUCGUCCGGGGGAUGCGGCUGUACAAGGACUACGCCAUCGUUAUUUAUGACAAUGAGCAUAUAGAGUCCCUGGGCCUACGCUCGCUGAUGCGGAUCCAGCGCGGGGGCGUCAGGAUCCAACACAACGACCGGCUCUGCUACACGGAAACCAUUGACUGGAGCAAGAUCGUGGCCAAGGACAUGGAGAAUGUCAUCAUUAGGUCUAAUUACGACCCUCGCCUCUGCGGGCUAUGCCCAGACGCGCAAGAGCGCUCCGUGGACGUAGCGAUGCCCACCGUUGGGCAGUGCCCCACCGACUCCACUGGCAUGCUGCUGUGUUGGGACGACAAACAUUGUCAAAAAACUUGCCCGAGCGAAUGCGGGGAGAGCGGUUGUAUGAGCGACAAAUCGUGCUGCCAUCGGACCUGCCUUGGCGGCUGCAGCGGUCCUACCUCCCGAGAUUGCUUCGUCUGCAAGAACUAUUCCUUUGGGUACGGGAACGAGAAAAAAUGCGUUGAAGAUUGCCCGUUUGGAACUUAUAAGUUGAAAGCCCGCUGCGUGUCGUCGAGCGAAUGCCGCGCGAUGCCGCAUAGCUCCACCGACUUACAGGGCCGACCUUCCGUCGUUAAGGCUUACAAAAUCUACAACGACUCCUGCGUUCUGAUUUGUCCCAGUGGCUAUAUGGAGGAAGGAGACGAGAAAAACGCUAGUUGUGUACCUUGCCCUGGAGCGUGGUGCCGCAACAACUGUAGCGGCGCCAAGAUAGACUCCAUCGCGGCCGUCGAGCAGUUCCGAGGGUGCACGCACGUGCGAGGGAAGCUUGAGAUCGCGCUUAGGAGCAGCGGCGGUAACACAAUGUCGAUACUGGAGCAAUCCCUGGGCGAGAUCCGCGAAGUGGAAGGGUGUUUACAAGUGACGCGCUCCUACAUGCUAGUCUCUCUAAUGUUCUUCAAGAAUCUGCGGACCAUCACCGGUGCACCUUUACCUGAAUGCAAAGGCCAAGUGUUGAACAUAUUCAACAACCCGAAUCUCGAAUUGCUGUGGAACUUCGAAACUCACGGUCCUCUCAACAUCACCGGUGGUUCCCUCUACAUCCACUUGAAUCCCAAGCUGUGCUUCGACAGGAUCCUGCCUUUACAGAAUAUGACCAGCAACCCCAGACCGGAGUUCAACCAAACAGAAGUCUCGGACAGCAACGGAGACCAGGCUUCAUGUUUCCAAGAGCAACUACACCUGAAAGUCCACAAGAAUGACCUCCGUGUCAUAUUGACGUGGAACGCUUACUGCGCGGGCGAUGCUCGGAAACUGCUCGGCUACUCUGUGUACUACAUCGCAGCAGAGAAGAAUGUCACGUUCUAUGGGCAGAGGGACGCUUGUUCUGACACGUGGAAUGUUAUAGACAAAACGACUGACGAAGUGCGCAGUACAAACUUAACACGAGAAAUUACUUCGAACAGCGAGUUGCUGAUAAAGGCUCCAUGUCCAGUGCAGCCCUCGUUCACCAUGUUGCCGGAUUUGAAACCGUUCACACGAUACGCGGCAUAUGUCAAAGCGUAUACUACGCAGCAGGACAGAAAGGGCGCGCAGAGCUCCAUCAUAUACUUCAAGACGCUGCCAGGCCGUCCAUCCCCGCCAACCAACUUGAUUGUGGAACACGACGGCCCCCAUGCCGUGACCAUCAAGUGGUCACCACCGAUUCUGCCCAACGGCAUCCUCGUGCUUUACCACGUGGAGAUCCAGGCCAACAGCUACAACAAGCCCAAGAUCCUUGGCUCCAAGAGCAAUUACUGCACCAAUCCUAACGCGCUUGCGAACAAGAUAAAGGCCGUCCACGAGUUGUCUCCGGAGGUUCGGAAGGAGAAGCAGACCGGUGACGUCACCAAGAACAGCACGUGCGCCUGCGAGAAGGAGGACGUGAGGACCAACGUCAGGUUCACCUCCCGCGCCGAGGAGGAACGCCGCGAGAGCAUCAAGUUCGAGAACGACCUGCAGAAUGAGGUUUAUAUAAAAACACCAAAGAAACAAAGAACAUUAAAAAGCAGACGAAGACGCUCUGUAGACUCAACAAUUCAAAGCAUGCUGGUCAUCCUUAGUGAUAACAACAGCCCCAGGCUCGGGCUCAAUUACUCCAACAGCACGGACGGCGAUGGUUAUGUUAAAUCUCUGUUCUACGAGUUGAACACAAAGACUAUGUCUUUGAAAGUGGAUCAGAUGCGGCACUGCACUUGGUACACUGUGAACGUGUGGGCGUGCCGCCAGAAGGAUCCUAACGAAGAACAGUUGUAUUACAAGGAGACUUGGUGCUCGGACCGGGCGUACUACACCUUCCGCACUCUGGAAUUAGCGGGUGCGGACAUGGUAACAAACCUGCGCGCGGAAAUCCUGCCUUCCAACAAGACGGUGCCGGAGGUCAAUGUGACUUGGGACCAGCCGAAGAACCCUAAUGGUUUCCUGGCCGCCUAUAGAGUUCAAUAUACGAAGAUCGAGGAAAACAAUCAGGGCGGCGAGUUGGCUUUGCUCACUUGUGUGACGGCGGACGACUACGAAAGCAACGGACAAGGCUACACGCUGAGAAACCUGCUGGCGGGGAACUACAGCCUCAAGGUCACGCCCAUCACCGUCAACGGCGCCGGCGUCGUCUCUGAGAUCUUCGUCUUCAUACCGGAAAGACCAUCCGGCCAAAGUCACGAGUGGAUAUGGGGUUUAGUCGGCGGCUGCUUCAUAAUGCUGCUGAUGGUCGCGGGCGGCAUCUGGUACGCGCGGCGCGGGCUGCUGCCGCCCAGCGAGGCCAACAAGCUGUUCGCGUCCGUCAACCCCGAGUACGUCACCACCGUGUACGUGCCCGACGAGUGGGAGGUGCCGCGCGCCAACAUCGAGCUCGUGCGCGAGCUAGGACAGGGAUCUUUUGGCAUGGUGUAUGAAGGCAUAGCAAAGAAUCUUGAAAAAGGGAAACCAGAAACUCGAUGCGCUGUGAAAACUGUCAAUGAGCAUGCCACUGACAGGGAGCGCAUCGAGUUCUUGAACGAGGCGUCGGUCAUGAAGGCGUUUGACACUCACCACGUGGUGCGAUUACUGGGCGUGGUGUCUCGUGGUCAGCCCACGCUCGUGGUCAUGGAGCUGAUGGAAUUGGGAGACCUCAAGACUUAUUUAAGAAGUCAUCGUCCAGACAAUGAUGGCUCCAUCCCUAAGAAAGAUGGGGGGAGUCCGCCAACGCUGCAGAAUAUAUUGCAGAUGGCAAUCGAGAUAGCCGACGGCAUGGCCUACCUGUCGGCGAAGAAGUUCGUGCACCGCGACCUGGCGGCGCGGAACUGCAUGGUGGCCGGGGACCUCACCGUCAAAGUGGGCGACUUCGGCAUGACCAGAGACAUUUAUGAGACUGAUUACUAUAGGAAGGGCACCAAAGGCCUGCUGCCCGUUAGGUGGAUGAGCCCCGAGAGCUUAAAAGACGGGGUAUUUUCCAGUAAUAGCGAUGUUUGGAGUUAUGGAGUAGUUUUAUGGGAAAUGGUGACGCUAGCAAUGUUACCAUAUCAAGGCCUGUCGAACGAGCAGGUAGUGCGGUACGUGGUGGAGGGGGGCGUGAUGGAGCGGCCCGAGCACUGCCCCGACCGCCUGUACGAGCUGAUGCGCGCCUGCUGGGCACACCGCCCCCACGCGCGGCCCAGCUUCCUGCAGCUGGUGGCGGACCUGGCGCCGUCCGCGCAGCCCUACUUCAGGCUGCGGUCCUUCUUCCACUCGCCGCAGGGCCAGGAGACGUACGCGCUGCAGCAGCGGACCAACAAUGAAGAAGAGCAAGAAAUGGCGGAGGUGAACGUCGGCGCAGUAGCGACCGGCUCGGGCUCGAUCCUGUUCGGCGUGUCGGAGCGCCUGGCGUCGUGGGUGCUGUCGUCGCUGCGCUCGCGCUCGCCGGACGACGCGGCCGCCGAGCCGCUGCAGCCGCUGCGGCCGGCCGCGCGCCCCGCCGCCAAGCAGGGGCCCAACGGCGUGCUGCGCGACGCGGGCGCGCCGCCCUGCUAGCGCCCGCCGGGCUGCCCGGAGGCUGAGGAGUGAUGACGCGUGACACUUUUCACCAUUUCAUGGUCUUGAGUUCUUUUCAAUUCUUACGACGUUUUGAAUUAAAGCACAGCUUUUGGAGAAUUUAAAACGUGUUGUAUUUUAUAGAAAACCCAUGUUGAGGAUUUCACGAAUCUCUAUAAAAAUUAAAUGCACUCGAGUCUGUUUCUAGAUUAAAUACGAAACCGCCCGACUGAACACAAUGUGUUCUCAAAAGACGGGUGAAAGUGUCGCGCGGUGUCACCUAGCAGCCCUGCUAGCCCGCUCUAUCUACCUCAGGCCGGCCGCUCGGCGCGGUCGGCUCUUCGAAUGUUAGUCGUAAGCGUAGCUAGUAAAUUGUCGCGUCCCGCGUCGUUUUAUUUAUUGCGAGUCCGGCGCCGAGGCUCGCCUCGACUCCGCCUCCGAAGAGGCAAGCGUCCCUCGAUUCGUUUUCAUAUCAGGAAAUUAAUAUUUUUGCUGAAGCUAUAUUGAGUCGAUUCGUUUCGACGCGGAUCCUAUAUAGUUUACCUCAAUAAUAUAGUUGUAUCGGUGUCAUUUUUGACAUAGCCUAUUAAUGUUAAGUUUACGAUGUAAGUUGUAAUGUGUGUAAUAGCUAUGUUAUCGCAUGGGCUAGUUCAUGUACGAAUUGAUUUGUUCGCGUUCACCGGCUGACGUUUUCGUUAUCUCGAGAGAAAUCCCGACGAGUGUCAAAUUUGUCGAGGUUGUUGAUGUUGCUGUUAAAAGCGCUUUUUGUUGAAAGCGCAUUCCUAUCCACGAAUUUGUCACUCGUACUGUUCGAUGCAAUUUUAUGCAAAUGUUAUAAUACUCAAUCUGUUCGAGAGCCCUUCUUCCUCGCUUAACUGUUACUUGAUGUCUGUCUUUAUAAAAGUAAUAUUGGUUCUAACAUUCGGUUUGAUAACCAAAGACAUUGACGAACUUGAAAUAUUCAAUAUUUUACUUGAAACGAAAUGGACUAAUAGUUAAAGAUGAACGCCAGUUUAUAGACUUAUUAUUUUACUUGACAAUCAAAAAUCAUCUGACAAUGUGCGUAUCUACCUAUUAGUUUAAUAUGUAGUUGUAUGCAUCCAAGAUUUUCCCGGUUCAAUCACAAUGCAAUAGAGAUACCUGCCAUUAUUGUUAUGUAGUUGUACUACCAACUAUUAUUGUUUUAGUAUUUAUAUUUAAUUAUACUCUAUAUAAUGUCUAGCUAAUCGUGACAGACUAGAGAAUCAUAUAAAUAAAUAUUUAAGAUUAUUGUAAUCUACCCAUCCCGGCUAAAUAUGUUUAAUAACAUAUUAAUUUAUUCUCUCACAUUUGUAAAGCAUCUACAUUAUGUAUUAUGCGGAAUGAUUUUAAUAUUGAGAGAUCGUAUGAAUUGUAAUUUGUACAUUGGAUAUUAGCACUUUCGCACGCUGGACUCUGCGCAUGCGCAUCCGGCAGCUAUUUCGUGAAUAAUCAUAUUUUUGGUCCCGAUCCUAUUACAUAAUUUUAUGAAGUUCUAUUUUAUGGGAUAAAAGUUCAAACUAAUGUAACGUGUAGAGUUUAGUGUGCGACUGGCGUAAGACUACAUAUGUAUAUCAUAAUAAUAAACUUAACGUAAUAUUCCAGAACAGGUAUGAAUACACACAUAUAGUAUAAUUCGAUUAUAUUUAAAAUAUAUAAUAGUUAUACAUAAAAUAAUAUUGUUAUCAUCAGGUUAUAACUUGUCUCGAUAAAUAAAUGUAUAAAAUAAAUAUACGCCAGCUACAUUAUAUACAUGUGUUAAGUUAUGGAAUGUUUUGUAUUUAUGUAAACUCCACCAAAGUUAGUCCGAUAUACUUGCAACAAUCCUGUGCAUUGGAGCGCUGCUCCCGGUAACUUUAACUAAUGUUUAAGGGUAUAAACGAGUGCCUUCAGACAUCCAGCCUUCAGCGGAAUGCAGGAUUGUUGAUUGUGUGGAUACACAUGAUGCAUAUAAUUUGUGCAUUGUUUGUGCACCGACGGUAUACGAAUCGUGCAGUUCCAUUUGUGCAAAUUAUAUCUUUAAUGUUAACUUCGGAAAAAUUAUCUCUUAGCUUUUUUUUAUAACAAAAAGAACCACGACCGAAAACCGUGCCACAGGAAUGUAAUUCGACGGGCUGGCUUGGAGUGGGCUAUGUGUUAGGCAGCGGAGUGGACGCCUGCUGUUCCAGCGCACCGCCCCCGGCUCGCUGCCGGCGACGGUGUCCCGGAACUGAUGAAUGGGUAUGAGUAUUGUUGUCAUUGACGAGGGGCUCAAGGCACGUUGCAUUAAUUGUAUCUUUUCAAAUACAUAAAUAUAAAAAAAAAUCUAAUUUCGAAAACACUCAAAAAAAAGUUUGAUCAUAAUGAAAUUUCCAAAGUAUAAAUCCAAAUAUUUCUUUAAUUUUAGAAAUUGCAUAGUGCCUUUUGCUCAAUUUAUGAAAUGUAAGUUAGUGUAUGUAACUAUUAAGCGUAAUUUUAAAUGUAGGCCAUACUUUCGUUCCACCUUCGUCGUAAUUCGCAAUGAUCCAGUGCAGCCCGCGCACUCGAGCUGCGCCGUAAUGUUGUGCCGCUGCCUCGCGGUGCACAACGUUGCCUCGCACAUACUUCUGCGGGCUUUGCUCUUCAACUUUUUACUUACCUACGCCCUUAUUUUUAUCAGUAUUUAAUUAAAUUGUGAUUUCCAUCUAGUAAGGCAGUUACAUUACCUCAUUUUAGUAAUUAUAUUAUUCGUAAAUUAUUGACUGAUAAAAUAUUUUCCAAAUGAUGUGUUCCUCGUGUGAUUUGUGUGCGUGUUAUGUAAAGUGUCGGGGUAGCGUUGUGCUUUAUGCUCAAUUUAGAUACGAUUUCACCAAACGAUUUAGAUAGUGUACAAUUUUUAUAUUUAAUUUAAUUUAAUGAGAACCGAGUACCUAUUAAUAAUAAUUUAAAUAUUUUACAUUAAUAAAAACUGGAAAAAAUAAAUGAAGUAUAGUUUUGAAUAUCGAAAUGUAUCCUUAAAAUAUACCCCCUGUUUGAAUAUAUUUUAUAACUAGUUAAAAGCGAAGCCUAUACAUUUCUCAAAAUAAAAUAAUUUUUUCAAUAGAAAUGUGUUUAUUUCGUCAAAGAACAUUUUCAUCUGGUCUGAGCCUGCACUCUGACGUUUCUCGUUUUCAAAUCGAGCUUGAGAGGCAGCCUGGGGAUCCUGCCGGGCACGCGGCACUCGCAAGGUGGCUCCCGCGAGUAACGGACCAGUAGGCAGUCUGUGCGCACGCAGCCCUCGUCAUCAUUAUGCUUCAAUUUACGCAGAAAACUGAUGUAAUAUUCUGGCAGCUCAUUCACUAUCGCACCGAGCAACAUGAUGCGCUGGUAGGACCAUGAAGGCCAUUGUUCCACGGGAAUGGUGUCCUUAUCUCCUCUAGGCAAGGGGUUAACUUUCUGAAUAUAUGUUCGACAUCUAAAGUAUCCCAUGUAUGGCGUCAAAACUUCAACUAUUUUUACGUAAUAUUUCUUCACCUCUACUUCCUUCAAUCUAAAAAUAUGAACGUUACAUAGGUACUACACAAAAUAUUUUAUAGUCCGAAGUUUACACAUUGUAUUCUUCAAACGUUGGCAUAUCUAUGCUAAAUGACACAUAUAGGUCAAAUUUGUUAGUGCCCUUCCACUAAAAUGGACAACCAUCAAAAUUUCAAAGGAAAAACCAUCGAAUUUCGCUAAAAGAGUCGAACUCGAUUAGUGUUUGUUACCAAUUUACAGUUAAACCACUAAACCGAUUUUUAUGACAUUUGGGGUUUAUUUUGGUUGAUAGCUGUGGGCGAAAGCUAGUAAUUUACCAAAUGAUUUACCCAUCUAAGGAAUCCCUGUCGCUGAUUUUCAUGCGCCAAAUGAUACCCCAUGCAUGAGCAUUGGCAGUCGGCACUAACGUAGCUGUAGGUCCUCCCCAAUAUUUGGAAUAUUUUAUGAAAUCCAGUCUAUAAUUCUAUAAAGAAUAAGGGUACUUAAAAAUAGCAAUAAGAAAU